ACGACAGGCAGCACCAUGCCCGAGCCGCCUGGCACCCCCAAUGCCUCUCUCAACAGCUCGUGGGCCAGCCCAGCGGAGCCCAGCUCCCUGGAGGACCUGGUGGCCACGGGCACCAUUGGGGUGGUGCUCUCGGCCAUGGGCGUGGUUGGCGUGGUGGGCAACUUGUACACGCUGGCUGUCAUGUGCCGCUUCCUGCACACCUCGGCCUCCAUGUACGUCUACGUCAUCAACCUGGCGCUGGCGGACUUGCUCUACCUGCUCAGCAUCCCCUUCAUCGUGGCCACCUACGUCACGAAGGCGUGGCACUUCGGUGACAUGGGCUGCCGUGUCCUCUUCAGCCUGGACUUCCUGACCAUGCACGCCAGCAUCUUCACCCUGACCCUCAUGAGCAGUGAGCGCUACACUGCCGUGGUGAGGCCACUGGACAUGGUGCAGCGUUCCAAGGGCUACCGCAAGGUCCUGGCGCUGGGCACGUGGCUGCUGGCGCUGUUGCUGGCACUGCCCAUGAUGCUGGCCAUCCGGCUGGUCCGCAGGGGCCACAAGAGCCUCUGCCUGCCGGCCUGGGGCCAGCGCGCCCACCGCACCUACCUGACACUGCUUUUCGGGACCAGCAUCGUGGGGCCCGGCGUGGUCAUCGGGCUGCUCUACGUCCGCCUGGCCCGGGCCUACUGGCAGUCGCAGCGGGCUUCCUUCACACAGACACGGCGGCUACCCAACCCCAGGGUGCUCUACCUCAUCCUGGGAAUCGUGCUGCUCUUCUGGGCCUGCUUCCUGCCCUUCUGGCUGUGGCAGCUCCUCACCCAGUACCGUGGGACCCCGCCGCUCACGCCCCGCUCCGCCCGCAUCGUCAACUACCUGACCACCUGCCUCACCUACAGCAACAGCUGCGUAAACCCCUUCCUCUACACGCUGCUCACUAAGAACUACCGCGACUACCGCCAGCGCUCGCUCCAAGGCAGGGGCGCCCACCGGCCCGGGGGUACCCACAGCUUCCCGCAGGCCCGCACCGGCUGCCAGCGCAGCUCAGGCCACUCACUGUCCUCCAGCAGCCAGCAGGCCAGCGAGACCAUCGCGCUGUCCCAGGCCGCCCCUAGGGGGCUCUGCACCUGA